AUGAGAAGGUAGAUAACCAGGGAGUCUAGCUCAAAUGGUAGAGCGCCCGCUUAGCAUGCGGGAGGCACCGGGAUCGAUACCCGGUAACCAAAGCAAACCCUUAUGACACUUUUGGAUGAACAGAAUAAUUCAUAUUUCUCCCUUUAAAAAUCCUCCUCCAAUAAAUUCAUAGGCUACCAUAAUUAGCAAAAGCUUAAGAAUAUAAAGCAUAAUCUAAUCAAUGAUCAGUCAACCAAAAGAGUUUCAUUACAAAUUUUACCUUCGUUUUACAACAAAUAAGGAUCUCUGAGUACAAAAAAUAAUGUUAAAAGUCUUUAUUAUGCUUUUUAGCCUGAUGAACUCAGGGAAAAGUUUGAAAGACUCUCUCUUAAGAAUAGUAUUGAGCUAAAGAAUUCAAAGUUAUAAUCCCAUAGAACAAAUGAACCUGAAUUAAAUAAGAUCAACCAAAAUCACGUGAAGUUUGCUGAUCAAUCUAAGUUAAACACUAAAAGAAACGAGGACAGCAUUAAAAUCCUGACGAAUCACCCAUUGCCCCAACCAAAUGAGAAUUUCGAAAAAUUGAAGGAAAUGCUCCGAAUAAAGAAGGAGCUUAAAGUUAAUCAAAGAGAACUUAGAAGACUUAAAAACUCCUACAACAGUGUGACAGCUGAUGAUAUGAGGACAACGACAAUGGAUAAGUAUGAAUAGACAACUAGCAUCAAUGAGAUUAUUAAUAGAAUUAAUAUCGGAGCAAACUCUCCUCUUGAGUAAUAUUCACCUAACUAGGUUAAGUUGAAACUGGUGCAUAAUAACUUAUCCGAUCAAACUAGCAUUCUAUAAAACAAUGAGAAGGAUUAAUUUAAGAUUUAAAACCAGUCCCUUGACUACUCUGAAAGUGAUUAUAAUUCAAUGCUCAGUUCUAAAAGUAUCAAUGCUUUAAAUAAAAACUAACUUACUCCAGCACUUAAAUCCACAAUAGAUCUAUGCAAACAAAUAAAAACUAAUGAGGUAGACGGAGCUGAAAACAAAUUCAAGUAUGGAUUCUCCAAGAAAUUUUUCUAAUACGUAAAAGAGGGAUAAUUUUUCAACAGCAUAAGGCUUUUGCUUAAGAAUGAAGAUUUGGUAAACGAACAAGAUGGAGUAAGAUAUUAUGUAGUAUAAAAUACCUUCUAGUUUGACUACACUGCAUUACACUGGGCAGCAAAGAGAGGGCAUCUGAAUCUUUGUGAAUUGCUACUAACAUUUGAAUCCGAUCUUAGCAAAAAAGACAUCUUUGGUAGAACUCCUAUAGAUCAUGCUAAGAUAUAGGGAUACCAAGAUGUGCUAGAAUAUUUAUAGAAGUAUUAGAAUGUUCCCUUUGAGGGAGAUAAAAUGAAGUUCAAAGACAUGUAUCAGAUAGCUUUAUUAAACAACCCUAAAGAAAUUGAAAUUUUGGAAUCACUUUUGAAGCUGAUUAGUAAUCAAACACUAAGAAAGGAAUACAAGUACUUCAAAGAAAUUUCAUCGCAAAGUUAGAAUUUAAAGCAGAGGAAUGAAUACCUUGAAGAGCUAAAAAAGGUCUUUGAUGAUGCAGAUAUAGGUAAAAAAGGUGAAAUUACAAGAAAGGAGUUUGAGAGAUUGAUAAUGGGAUACUUUGAAUUAAAAGGCAUUAAAUCUACUAGACAAAACUAUGACCGAUAUUUCAAUCUGCUCGAUAUUAAUAAAGACAAAACUAUUGCCUUCAAGGAAUUCAUAGGAUUCUCAGAUGAAGUUAACGAGGUGGAAAUAAUGCCGAUAAUAGAAAAUGAGCUACAUUAUUUUGACUUUUUAAUUGCUAAAGAUUUUACUCAUACUUGUUCAAUUAAUUUAAAAGAAAUAAACUUACUAGAAUCAAUAACCUGGGAGUCUAGCUCAAAUGGUAGAGCGCCCGCUUAGCAUGCGGGAGGCACCGGGAUCGAUACCCGGUAACCAAAGCAAACCCUUAUGACACUUUUGGAUGAACAGAAUAAUUCAUAUUUUUCCCUUUAAAAAUCCUCCUCCAAUAAAUUCAUAGGCUACCAUAAUUAGCAAAAGCUAAAGAAUAUAAAGCAUAAUUUAAUCAAUGAUCAGUCAACCAAAAGAGUUUCAUUACAAAUUUUACCUUCGUUUUACAACAAAUAAGGAUCUCUGAGUACAAAAAAUAAUGUUAAAAGUCUUUAUUAUGCUUUUUAGCCUGAUGAACUCAGGGAAAAGUUUGAAAGACUCUCUCUUAAGAAUAGUAUUGAGCUAAAGAAUUCAAAGUUAUAAUCCCAUAGAACAAAUGAACCUGAAUUAAAUAAAAUCAACUAAAAUCACGUGAAGUUUGCUGAUCAAUCUAAGUUAAACACUAAAAGAAACGAGGACAGCAUUAAAAUCCUGACGAAUCACCCAUUGCCCCAACCAAAUGAGAAUUUCGAAAAAUUGAAGGAAAUGCUCCGAAUAAAGAAGGAGCUUAAAGUUAAUCAAAGAGAACUUAGAAGACUUAAAAACUCCUACAACAGUGUGACAGCUGAUGAUAUGAGGACAACGACAAUGGAUAAGUAUGAAUAGACAACUAGCAUCAAUGAGAUUAUUAAUAGAAUUAAUAUCGGAGCAAACUCUCCUCUUGAGUAAUAUUCACCUAACUAAGUUAAGUUGAAACUGGUGCAUAAUAACUUAUCCGAUCAAACUAGCAUUCUAUAAAACAAUGAGAAGGAUUUAUUUAGGAUUUAAAACCAGUCCCUUGACUACUCUGAAAGUGAUUAUAAUUCAAUGCUCAGUUCUAAAAGUAUCAAUGCUUUAAAUAAAAACUAACUUACUCCAGCACUUAAAUCCACAAUAGAUCUAUGCAAACAAAUAAAAACUAAUGAGGUAGACGGAGCUGAAAACAAAUUCAAGUAUGGAUUCUCCAAGAAAUUUUUCUAAUACGUAAAAGAGGGAUAAUUUUUCAACAGCAUAAGGCUUUUGCUUAAGAAUGAAGAUUUGGUAAACGAACAAGAUGGAGUAAGAUAUUAUGUAGUAUAAAAUACCUUCUAGUUUGACUACACUGCAUUACACUGGGCAGCAAAGAGAGGGCAUCUGAAUCUUUGUGAAUUGCUACUAACAUUUGAAUCCGAUCUUAGCAAAAAAGACAUCUUUGGUAGAACUCCUAUAGAUCAUGCUAAGAUAUAGGGAUACCAAGAUGUGCUAGAAUAUUUAUAGAAGUAUUAGAAUGUUCCCUUUGAGGGAGAUAAAAUGAAGUUCAAAGACAUGUAUCAGAUAGCUUUAUUAAACAACCCUAAAGAAAUUGAAAUGUGA